CGGUCUAUACUUGGGGGACAUGGGAUUCCACAGGCCAAGCGUUCAGUACCGAGAUACAUAAUCUUUUCCGUCAGUCCUAUGACACUACCCCUGACGUUAUUCGGAUCCCUUGUAUACUUAAGCUCCUUUGAACCGUACCUAUCCAUCUAUCCAUCUCUCUUCCUAUCCCCGACUUAACACCUUCGACAUAGCUAUAAUGGGCCCCUUCUCCAUCGUGUCCCGUCUUUUCCUCGAUUUCGGGAUCUUAUGUUGGGAUAUCCUCCUUACGCUCUCCAAUCUCGUGAGGAGGAAGCGUCGCAUCGGGCAUGUCACCCCCGAGGGCCACCCAGGGUAUGGAAAGCACUGGCCCGAGUAUAGCCCUCCCAAGGAGACCGACUCCCGCUGCUCUUGCCCUGCGCUCAAUGCGAUGGCCAACCAUGGUAUCAUCCCACGCAGUGGCCGCAACAUCUCGUUUGUCGAGGUUGGCGAUCAUAUCCGGACAACAUACAACUUCAGUCCUACCUUCUGCUCAUUUGUGCCGCGCUUUGCCGCUCGGAUGCUUAAGAAAAACUACAGCGCGGACUUAUUUGAUUUGGAAGAACUUGACCUACAUAAUGGUAUUGAACACGACGGAUCCCUCUUGCGCCUCGAUUCCGCUCUCGAACAGACACAAUCGACAAAGCAUGUACCUUUCAUUGAAGAGUUACUUGCAGCAGCUACUGGCAAGGACAAAAAAGACAAUACUGUCAUCACCACCAAAGAUCUCUCCAGGAUACUCGGCAAGCGGCGUGCAGUCGCACGCGCAGUAAACAAGGAGUUCUCUCAGCUUUUUCCAUAAGAUCUUUUUAUUUUUUUUAUUUUUUUUUUAAUCCUUGUUUAUUGUCCUGCGGGGCAGGGCCCUAUGGUGGACACUACUUGCUACUUGCUACUUCGUGGUAUGUACUCUU